GCCGGUGACCGGCUCCAUCUCCUCAGUGGCACCAAGGCGUACCGGCACGUUGACGCCGCCAUAGCCUUCGCCGGUCUUGACGAAGGUGGGCGGAGGGAGGAAACGUCAUCCCGACGUCGACGAAGCUGGGUAUCCUGGCGCGGAGAAGAGAGGAGGGCAGAGACAGGAAGGAGGUAAUUGCAGAUGAAGGCAACAAGUGAGAAGCCACUCCUGUACCGGGUGGGCACACGUGGCGGUUCCAGCAACGAUGGCUUCAGCAGUGAUGGCUUCAUCACAGGAUCUCGAACGACAGGCGAACAUGUGGCUUUCCGACACUGUAAGACACGCUACGGCGCAUGCAGAAGAUGGUCAGAGUCUUGUCCUCCGCUGUCCAGACCUGGCUAGCGGUCGAUUGGGGGGAGUCAGCACCGGCUGCAUGGCUGGAGGACAAGACUCAACAACUGUUAACUAUCCUCUGGCAGAUUGAGGAGGAUCCAGCGUUGGAGGUGUUCGUUGAUUGGCACCGGGCGAAUGGUCCGAUAACCAGUUGCAACAUGAUGUUUGAUGAAGGUGCAGAGCACUGCGAAGUGAUGAAGGCGAGGCUGGCGACUGAAGCUUGACUUGAGGUCGAUGUCUUCACUCCUCCUGGGCAGUCGGCAUCACGCCCGUCACCGACAUGGACGUCUUCUUCAGUGUCGACUUUAUCGUCAACAGCCUCAGCGGCCUCAACACCAACAACAAUGCUGCAGCCGUCACCCUCAUCGACGAUGACAGCGAUGACAUCACCAAACACAUCAUCAAUAACAACCACAACAAUUAUAGCUUCAACUACGGCAAAACCACCAACGACGUCAUCUUCAUCAUCAUCAUCAACAUCAACAGCGAUUUUAUCAUCAAUUGGUUCACCACAAACAACGAUGCUGCCUUUACCGCUCUCAUUUACGUCAAAGGUGGCGACAUCAGUGAGCCCGACAACAACAUCAACAACUACAACGAGGUCAUUUCCAACGCUGCUUCCAUCGACAACGACAGCUGGAGGGUUUGUGCGGUUCGCUGCCCCUUCCCUGCCUUUCGUCUGUUCAUCCGCUAGAUGUCUGGGGGUCUAGCGAAUUGAACCCUUCUGUAGGAAGGGCAUUCUCCUGCCCUUCUGCUUACGGAUCGCUUUCCUGUCUGCACACCACUGACGCUGAUCAUUGCUUUUCCGUGACACUCCGAUUGCUGCAGAAGCAUGAGUCGGAGUUGAGUGCCCAGCAGUGGGAGCGAGAAGGGAUGGGGUAGCCAGGGAGGGGUGAGCGAUCGAGAGUGUUGAGGUGGCAGCACUUUGUGACCAAGAUUACAAGUGCCUUUGCUCUCCCCCAUCCACACUCUCUUUCCGACGAUAUUUUUCACCACGGGGGGAAGGAUGGAUGGGGUCCUCCCUGUCCUCGAUCUGAUUAAACUUGAUCAGUUUGAUCGUUUAGAUAUGAUGUAGUUUUUACUUGUUCCGAUUUGACUUGAUCU